AAAGUGGAAGAAGUGGAGCUAUACUAUACAUAAAGUGUGAAACGGCACAGUGACUGCCGUUUCCCGAUAAGCCCGGUGAUUGUUGGGACAAUCUCUUCUUCCAUUCCAUGUUCUUCUUCUUUCACUUCAUGUUUCAGCUUAAGCCACUUUGAGUUGAGAGAGAGAAAAUUAAGCAAGUGCAAGUGUAACCAAGCUCAAAAUUCAGCUCCAAAACAUGCUUCUAUGCUUUGGUCUUGGAUUUAAGCAAGCAUGACCAUUUGGAAAAUUCAACAAUUCCUGAAAUAACACAGCAAAGGUUCACAGAUCUGUGAGGUGUGGGAGAACAACUAACACAGGCUUUGUUUCUUUUCCCUUUCUAUGCUCCAGACUUUGACACCUUCUGCAAAACCCGAUCCAACAAUGUUUAAAGCCAGGAAAAAGCUAUAAACAAACAAACACAAGCUGAAGCCAAAAGGGAUUUGGCGCAGAUCCGCGACCCAUUUGCAAAAUUUGCUGCUUUAGCUUAAAAACAAAGCGCAAACACUUGGAUCAAAGGAGGGGGGGUGAGGCUGAGGCUCUGAGACCUACUCAGUCUUCUUUUGCUUUUGAAAGGGCUUUUCUUUUCUUUCUUUCUGCGAUUGAGAAAAAAGCUUUAACAAGGGGGCUUCUGACUCGGACCGCGAUUUAUCGGUGCGUAAAUAAAAGGCCUUUUUAUCACUAGCUGAAGCCAAAGUACUCUCUUUGAUUCUGAAUCAUAGUCAUCAAUGCAAAGCACGUAACAACAACAACAACCCCACAUUCUGUGUUCACUCCCUCUUUCACUCUAUUUUUCUUCUCUCUCUCUAGUACUUCCCGUGAGGAUAAGAGAAGAAGACCAAGUGGGGUGUGAGGCUUGGAAAAAAGGCGUGACUGUGAUAUGGAGGAGGAUGAGAUUCAAGCAUGUAAGUUCCCUAGAGUUGGAAAUGGUAGGAGUAGUGACCAAUACCAAGAGGAGGAAGAAGAGGGUGACCUAAGAAGAAAAGGUGUUGGUGGUGGUGGUGGAAGUGAUGCUAGCACAAACCACUUCCACCAAAGUAGUUGGCACUACUCUUCUAGAAUCAUAAGGGUGUCUCGAGCAUCUGGUGGCAAAGACAGGCACAGCAAAGUGAUGACCUCAAAAGGGUUAAGAGACAGAAGGGUUAGGCUCUCUGUGACCACAGCUAUUCAGUUCUAUGACCUUCAAGAUCGCUUGGGUUACGACCAACCUAGCAAAGCUGUGGAGUGGCUAAUCAAAGCUGCUUCAGAAGCUAUCUCUGAGCUUCCUUCUCUCAACAACCCUUUCCCUGAUACCCCUAAGCAGCCUAGUGAUGAGAAAAGGCCUACCAGUGGUGGUGGUCAACAACAACAACAACAAGGCUUUGAUGAUGCAGAUGGAGACACAAAUUACCAACAAAACCAAAGCCAGAAUCUUUCUCUCUCCAAGUCUGCUUGUAGCAGCACUUCCGAGACAAGCAAGGGCUCAGGCUUGUCCCUCUCAAGGUCUGAGAUCCGUGUGAACCGUGUGAAGGCAAGGGAGAGGGCAAGGGAGAGAGCAGCAAAAGAGAAGGAGAAGGAGAAAGAGAAAGAGAGUGAUUUUAACAUUGCACACCACCAUCACCACCACAAUGUGAACAACAUGUCUCACACUGCUUCCUUCACUGAGCUUCUCACUGGUGGGAUUGGGAGCACGGUAACAGUUAACCCCAACACAACAACAACAACAACAACAACAGCAACAAGUCCUAAUGGAUCAUCGGUUCAUCAGAUCCAUGAGGGUCAUGAUCAUGAGGCUAAUCUAUUCAACAAGGGAAGUCAACAACAGCAACAGCAACAACAUCACCAUUGGUCUCAAACAGUGACACCUAUGGACUACUUCAGCGCAGGCCUCUUGGUAGGACCUUCAUCAUCUGCAAGUACUCAACAACACCAAUCUUCAGGACAGUUCCAACUGGGACAUGGACAUGCACAUGCACAUGCUCUUUCAAUCUCACCAUUUAGUGGAGAAAACCACUCGGAGCAAAUGCAGCAUUUUUCCUUCAUGCCAGACCAUCUCAACAACAUGCCAUCUUCUGCUGCUUCUGCUUCUCAACACAGCGAGGGUGACAAUAACAACUACAACCUCAACUUCAGCAUCUCUUCGUCGGGCCUUGCUGGUUACAAUAGGGGGACCCUUCAGUCCAAUUCUCCGUCUUCCUCGUUUUUGCCUCUCCUUCAGAGGUUUCAACCUUUAGUCGACGGAUCCUCCAAUCUACCUUUCUUUAUAGGAGCUGCUCCUCCUUCUUCUGCUCCUCCAACCAUGGACAACAACAACAGCAACAACAGCAACAACCAUCACCACCUUCAGUUCUCACCCAUCUUUGAUGGCCGCUUGCAACUUUGCUAUGGCGAUGGAACAAGGCAGCAUUCUGAUCACAAGGGGAAGGGAAAGAACUAAGUUCCCCCGAGGAGCACCACUUUUGUUCCUGGAAUUGUGGUCUUUGUUUUUUUAGUAGCUGCAAGCUGUGUACCCAGCUUGGUUUCUGCAAAAUGGAGGAUAAGUUGUUGUCAUCAAGUGUUGGUGUUUCUUCUUGGAUCAUUUUGAGUCAUUCAAUUACAUUGAGUACGUAUUUGGAUAUUUAUUAACUUAUGCGUGCAUAGUACUAUAUUACGGAUAAAUGUAUAAGAAUGUUGAUUGAAGAUAUUUUGAUUUUCUACAAUUGAUUCUGAAAUUGCCUGUACCCUUUGGUUGGGAAGAGCUGUAGGAAACUAAAUAACUUCAAAUUUCUACAGUGCCCCCUUUCCGAUGACACUUUUUUAUAAAGGAAAAUUUUCUUUUCAUAACCA